UUUCUACUUGGCAAAUGCCUAUUUAUUUAGUUAGAAUCCUAGCCAUAUUGGUGACGCAGAACCCGUUUUUGUUCACAUCCAACACUGUUUGAGAAGCGAGCUUAGAAAUUUUUGGAGGGAAUUUGAUGGAGAGUAAGAGUAUGAAUAGUGAGGAUGCCAGUAUGGACAAUUCGGGUUUGGACUACGAGUCUGAUGAGGAUAAUAUUAGGGUUGAGGAGAACGAGCAAAAUUGGAAUGGAAAUAGCAAUGUGAGUGGUGGGGAUAAUAAAGGGAAAAAGGAGGGCUUGCCUGCAAGGAGUUUGAUGGCUGAGCGGAGGAGAAGGAAGAAGCUUAAUGAUAGGCUUUACAUGCUCAGGUCUAUUGUACCCAAGAUCAGCAAGUUGGACAAAGCUUCAACACUUAGAGAUGCCACUGAUUACUUGAAAAAGCUUCUCCAGAGGAUCAGUGAUCUCCAUAAUGAAUUAGAGUCAAGCCCAUCUGGUUCUUUCAAGUUGCCUUCUACCGGCAUUCAGCCUAUGACUUCUACUCCGCCUACUCUUCCCUCCCGUGUCGAGGAAGAGCUAUGCCCGAGUCCUAAAGGCGAACUCGCAAGGGUGGAGGUUAUGGAAGGGGAAGGAAAGGCAGUCAGCAUCCACAUGUUUUGUGGCUGCAAACCAGGUCUUUUAUUCUCCACCAUGAGAGCUCUAGAUAACCUUGGUUUGGACAUUCAACAGGCUGUCAUUAGCUGUUUCAAUGGGUUUGCACUGGAUGUCUUCCAAGCUGAGCAAUGGGGGGAAGGCCAGGAUGUGUUGCCCAAGCAAAUCAAGUCAGUACUCCUGGAUACGGCUGGUUUCCCUGAAAUGAUGUAACUCUUCUAUACAAGUGAAGGAACUAACCGUAGUUCUAUGCCUCAAGUUGUUAGUAAAUGCUAUUCACUUUUCAUUUUCACUCCUAGAGGUACAUUAUGAACAAGACCAAAUUGAUGCAGUUGGAAGAGAUGGGUAGGUUGGUUAAUCAUCUUUGGUGGGUUGUGUUUUGUGAACGCGCAGAAAGUUGUUUUGGAAUUUCAGUUUUUAGGAUAAAAUUUCUGUUUUAGCAUUUUAAUUAGCAUGAACAAUGGUUAAUUGUUUUUUCUUGUCAAUGUCUGCAUUUUCUGCAACUCUUUUUCCCUGCUAAUAUCAUAAUUUUCUAGCAAAUUAUCAAC